AGACUGGAUUGAUUCCAUCUAAUCUGUGAUGACCUUUGGUCAGGAAUAAGUUUGACAGGUACGCUUGGGACAAAAACAUGAACAAAACCAGACUGAAUUUGUUGUCAUCAUGUCAAUAGGUUUGAUUAUCAGGCUCUUGAUUUGGAAUUGGAAUUGCUUUGUUUUAUUUUGAAAAGAUAUAUUGUUUUGUGUCACUUCCUGUGUUUUGUUUUCGCCUUCUUCCCACCGCAGCUGGCUCUGAUUGGUCCAUGGGCAGCAGGUGAACAGGUGUGAUGAAAUGUAAUUCCUUCAUUCAUCAUUCAGCAGCUUCACUUUGUGUUCACAGCCGUCGGGUCCAACCAGUGAUGGAAGCUCCGCCCCCUUCUGAUGCCUCAACAMAGUUGGCUGASUCAGCACAGAGUUCCCCAUCAGAUGAUGUUACCCAUUCGGUGCGUGCCUCUUCUCCUCCCUGCUCCUCUAAAUCCCUUCAGACUGACGAGGAGCUGCAGAACGAGCAGGCGGCGGCGGAGCUGCUGACUGAGGUCAGGAACCUGCAGAGAGACAAAUGGUUGAUGGAGCAACAGCUGCAAGCAUGGCGACUCACCGUCCAAUCAGAACAAGGUGUCCURGAGGACCGAUGCUCUGAGAUGGAGGUUACCAUGAAAACGCUCAGGCAGCACAAUGACCGGCUGCAGGGUCUGCUCACACAGGCUCUGAACAAGAUGGAGACCCAACCACAUGCCAACACCACGCCUCUGAGCUUCAACACAGAACACGCAGACCGAGAGACGCGUACCCCAACCUCAGACUCUGCAACAAACUCAGAGGAGGAGGUGGAGGAGCUAAUGAAAGUGAACGAGUGGAGUGAGAACGAACCGCAGACUCCAUCUCCCACAAUGCAACAGGACUCGACUCUGUCAGAUGAACUCUGUGAGGAGGAGGAGGAGGAGGCUGCAAUGACGCGUCAUCAACAGCCAAUAGAACAGUUGAGUUGGCCUSAAGGGACGAAGGUACAGACAGAAGACGCCUCUUUGUCUGAAGAAAAGGAUUAUGGGAAGUGUAGUCCAGAAGAGCUGCUGCAGGACACUGCUGACAGACUGAAAGCUGAGAUGGACAACAUAUUGACAGAGACCUGGACAGGUGAGAGACCGGAGGCGGAGCUUCUGCAGGCAGCAGAACAGGUGGGAGACUCCAUUUGCCGUCUGGUGAAAGGUUUGAAGCAAAACUGAACAGGUGACUCAGGUUCGGGUUAUUUAACCGUUUAUUUAGAAUAAAUUCUUUUACAUUUCAGUAAACACAAAAAA